UUGUGUUAUCUAUGGAUGUCAGCCUUCCAGACUUUAGUUUCUAUGGUGUUUUCUAUGGUUAGUCUUUUCCAUUGAAAAUAAGUUGUGUAUGCUCAAAAAUGUCCCUCGUCAUUCCCGAGAAAUUCCAGCAUAUUCUGCGUAUUUUGGGUACAAAUAUUGAUGGCAAACGAAAGGUUAUGUUUGCCCUAACUGCUAUCAAAGGUGUUGGAAGAAGGUACUCUAAUAUUGUCUUGAAAAAAGCUGAUGUAGAUUUAGAUAAAAGGGCUGGAGAAUGUACAGAAGAAGAAGUAGAAAAAAUUAUAACAAUCAUGUCAAAUCCAAGACAGUACAAGAUUCCAGACUGGUUCUUGAACAGGCAAAAGGAUAUCGUUGAUGGCAAAUACAGUCAGUUGACAUCGUCGAAUUUAGAUUCCAAAUUGCGUGAAGAUUUGGAAAGGAUGAAGAAAAUAAGGGCACACAGGGGCAUGCGUCAUUAUUGGGGUCUUAGGGUAAGAGGUCAGCACACCAAGACCACUGGCAGACGUGGACGCACUGUUGGUGUAUCCAAAAAGAAGUAAUUUCGUUGUUCUAUACAUAUAUUUAAUAAAUACACCCAAAAAACUGA